AUGAAGACGCUGUUGCUGCUGUGUGUGCUGAUGGGCGGAGCCUGUGCCGGCGUGCUGGACGUCGUCCGAAGGGGCGCCCAAAGCCGGAGAGUGCCCCUCCUCAACCCUCAGCUUGAGGACGUCGUUCCCGAUAGGGCUCCUGCACUGGCCCCGCCCACAGCUCCAGCUGCCCCCGCUGACCUGCAACAGAGGGAGCCCCUGCCGUCCGACCACCUAUUCAAUGACAACGUCAACCUGGAGUGGCGCCAGUGGAACGCAUCUCUGCCCGACGGGGCGGUGGCCAUCUACAACGGCUACACGGAGCGCACCGACUACGUGUGCAUGUACAAGUGCCAGGCAGGCUUCUACAACCCCGCCCUUGGGCCCUACUGCCGCUACCCCUACGGUGACGCUGAGUACUACGCCCAUGAGUUCCACAUUCUGGUCAACAAGGACAACUUUGAGUUCCUUGAGUGGAAGGAAGGCUCCUACGGUUCCGUCCCAUCGCACUCGGUCCGGACCUGCCUGGGCGGGGGCAUUUAUGUGGGCAGGAACAAGUACGGCCUGGGCAAGGUGGUACCGCAGUUCGAGGCCUUCUUCCUGCCAUGGGAGGGUGAUGAGUACUGGUACAAGUGGUACCAGGUCCUGACGAUCAACCGGGACGCGUACACUCAGCACAUCUCCCAUGUUCAGUACGCCCUGGACCAGGUGGCCAUCUUCCAGUACCCGCCCGAGACCAUGCGCAUCUCUGGCGUCACCAACAACGAGUGCCAGGCAGUCACCAAAACGGUCACCAUCUCCAAGACCACCGAGAAAGAAACCACCUGGAACAUCGGGCGAGCCACCAUGCUGGGCAUCACUGGCAGCAUCACGGCCAAGAUCCCGCUCAUCGGGUCAGGCGGUCUGGAGCUGAGCGGCGAGAAGACCCUGCAGUUCUCCCGCGGGACCACGCUGGUGGAGGCUCUCAGCCACUCGGUAUCAGUGGAGCUGACCGUGCCCCCCAACCACUCGUGCCGGGUACGCAUGGAGGGUCGUAAAGUCAAGGCCGACGUCCCUUACACCGCCCGCCUGAGCCGCACGUACCGCAACGGCGAGACCCAGUGGACGUCCGUGUCCGGCACCUACGACGGAGUCCAGAUCGGGGAGGUGCGCGCGGUGGUGGACCGAUGCCAGCCCGUGCAGGACGCCCAGCCGUGCCCGUCACCAUGA